CUCCUGCAGCUGACCAGGGAACGAUGAUCACCAGCACUACCCCCGAACCUGUCCCCGUUCCCGAACCUGUCCCCGUCCCCGAACCUGUCCCCGUCCCCGAACCUGUCCCCGAACCUGUCCCCGUCCCCGAACCUGUCCCCGAACCUGUCCUCGAGCCUGUCCCUGAAUUCGGCCCUGAGACCUCCGAGCCUCCUCACCCGUCCAUAGGGUGGGGGAACGAAACCUAUCCAAAGAGCGAGCAUGGACAAGGGUCAGAUUUGCCGCUUCAAGAGGACGACUUGGAACACAGUACUAGUGAGAAUCCAAUCGAGGACGAUUUUGAACAUGACCUGGAGGUCGUGAUACUGGAAGUAGUUCAGGGAGACGUAAAUUACCUGCCGGUCUACGAUCAUAGAGUUCAUUCUACCACGGAGGGCUGCGGCGACGGAGACUUGACCCAGGAUGAUCGAUACUCGACUGAUGUGCCAAUGGAGGGCGAAUUAAGACGCACUGAGGACCUUCCACUUAACGAUGGAGGAAAUGUAACUUUCCAGAGCGCCCACGAGGAUGUCCUCCCGCCACCAGAGAAGUCUACCACCACCCCGCCCGUGACGGUGUGCGGGAAGGGCGGCCGGAUCGUAGGCGGGACACAGGCAGGAGUGGGAUCAUGGCCGUGGGCGGUGAUAAUAAAGGACAACGUGGGCGUGCACUACUGCGGUGGAACCCUCAUCUCCUGGCGCCACGUCCUCACCGCCGCCCACUGCAUCACUGGUCCAUCGCUGGUUAACCGGUAUCCCGUGACGGUGACAGUAGGGGACCACGACCUCCUGGACACUACAGAGAGCGUGUCACAGACCAUAGGGGUGUCACAGGCACUCCAUCACAACCAGUACGCUGAAGGCUCCAGCUACAACAACGAUAUCGGUAUAAUGGUGUUGGUACGUCCAGUCACCCAGGCACCCAACAUCCUACCUGCCUGCCUCCCAUCCCCAGACUUUUCACCAGACGGGAAGACGGUGACUGUGGUAGGAUGGGGCGCCACGAUGGAGGGAGGACCCACCACUAAUGUGAUCAGAGAGGUGUCCGUGCAGGUGUUGUCCCACGCCUCCUGCCAGGUACCUUACCCCACUACCUACAAGUCUGACAGGAUGAUCUGUGCUGGUACCACUACUGGAGAGAAGGACGCCUGCCAGGGUGACUCAGGCGGGCCGAUGGUUCACAGGAGCCAGGAGACGGCUGGUGAUAUUCACUGGACGGUGGUGGGCGUCGUCAGCUACGGUUCCGGGUGUGCGAGACAGGGCUACCCGGGCGUCUACACCAAGGUAUCCCACUACCUGGACCUCAUCGGCUCCGUCAUGCUGACCUACCCUUAGUUAUAUACGGGUUCUUAAUUAUGAGCAGAUCUCUAUAAUUCUAUGUAAUUAGGUAAUUCUCCUGCUUAUUAUACCUUUUAACCUAAUUAGUUAUUUUAAGUAACAUUGUAUAAAUUACCUUCCUAACCAUCCACAAAGCUUAAAGUUGUUUGCCGUGUUGGUGGAGUUAAGAGGAAAUAUGUUUUAAGUUAUAUUAGUAAGAACGGAUGAUAUUUGUAUUUAAACCGGCCUGUGAAGAACCAAGUUACAAAUGGUUCUACGGGCCGGUUCUGUGAGUUUAAAUUAAUAGAAACUGUACACUAUUGUUAGGUAGUAUUUACUCUAACCUUUUAUAACUCUAACGUCGGUACUUUAUAAGGUAGGCACGAAGAUUAAUUCAUAUGGCCUAGUGUCACCCUGAUGGAUCGAUCUUAGUGUCACCCUGAUGGAAGAAUCUUGGUGUUUCCUUUGGUACUGAAAUGGCAGGUUCUGUUGACUCUGCCAUUACUAGACUCAUUCUCUCCUGUGUGGGAAACCUUAUUAAUUAUAUAAAUGUUUUUUCUUUAAUUUCAUGUUGUUCAGUUUUUAAGAUUAAAUAGUUAAAAUCUUCAGCACCUUUUUGAA